AAUAAUAAGUGCACGUUUUGUUUCGCUGUUAUAUGGGGAAAAUCUAUUUUAAGUACUUUUGUCUAAAUUUACCACGAGAAGGGGCAAGUUCAAUAUCCAAAAUGAAAGGUCCAGUCUUCCGACUAGAUGUUCAUUGUGCAACUUUUUGAUUGAUAUUCUUACCACAACAAGAGAUUGGGGAUGAAAAGCCUAAAUAAAAAGGAUUUAAUAACUAAAUAUGCAGAAACAAGAAAAGAGACGCGAACUGCGUCUGAAGAGAUUUUGGCGUUCACCAAAAACAACAUCAUCCGAAGAUUCAACUGGCUAUGAGAGCCCCACACGUACCAAGCCCGCAAGUGACGCACAACGUUUCAACCAUUUGCACUACACGAGCCUAGCACAGAGUGCACCGGGUGGACCCGAAAAUGGCACGGCCUGCAACAAGCCGGCAUGUUCGCUGCCACUGUUGCAAGUGUGGCCCAGUCAGCCACAUUUACGACAGGAGUCCUUCGUGCAGUUGCGACGAAACAGCGGCCCUGAGGGCCAACGGGAUUCGCCACGUGGCGAAGCGGAUGGACAAUCCUUCAUCUUCCCUGUCAUUGCCGAGACAAGUACGAGUAGCAGUAGCGGCGCCGGCAGCAGCAGUACGACUAGCGAUAGUGCUGCUGCUGGCAGUUCGACCACCACUACCACCAGCAGCAGCGGCACCUCCGGCAUCAGCAACAACAAUCACAACAAUAGCAAUAACUUAAGAAAUGGCAAUCAUUUAACGCUCAGCAACUCCUGCUUAGGCGAACGGCGUCGCAGCUCGCUUUACUGUGAUACUUUGCAUGCGGGCGACUCAGGCAUUGAUUCGGUGCAGGCGUCGCCUUCACCAAACGCACUGCCACCACCACCCGGUGCAUCACUGCUCGGUGAUGGCCUGGGUAUGGGCAGCAACUCCUGCAAUGUCUCACCCGCCACAACGCCCACACAAGGUUCGCCGAAUCUCUCGCUUGGUGGUGCACGUGCCGGUGCGCGCGCUAGCAUCAGUGUCGGCGCAGCAAAUUAUCGACGCAAAUCCAGUGCGCUACUACAUCCCGAUCAUGCGCGCUUGUUUGCGUUGCGCAUGAAGCAUGCUGCCGCCUUGGAACGCGCACAAACGUCACCGGAUCAAACGUCCAUCGAAGAUGCAACCGAAUUCCAUGAUAAUGGUUUGGCAACGAAUUUGCACUUGUGCUCUGCGUCUUCGUCGACGACGUCGUCGCUGACUUCCGUCGCAGCGGUUAGCUUAGGCGGUGGCAUGGGAGUGAUCGGUGCAGCCGGCUCCUCCUCAUCCUCCGCUGCGGCUGCGGCAGCAUGUCUAGCUGCCGGCGCUGGUGCGGGUUCACAGCAGCGCGUCUCCGACCCAUGGCUGCAGCCGCAAUCGGAUCGUGAACGUGAUUCGCGCUACGAACGACGUCGUUCCUCAACGAUGACGGCACGUUACUCACUGUUCGAUGCAUUGGAUUUGGAAUAUGUGCUGUUGCGUGCUGCGGCACGCGGUUCGGUCGGCCCGUACUCACUAAGCGAAUCUAUACACAAACUGACAUUUACACAAUCGUUGGCGUUUCCGGCACUGGCACGCGGUCUCGCCACAAAGCGUCGGCGGUCGCAUACGCGUACCAGUUCGCGACCGCUAAACCCCAAUGAGUCGGGUCUUAAUACGUGUGCGAAAGUCGUUACCGCCGUCAUAUUGGUGGGUAUUUCGUUUAUGGUGUUUCUGAUUGUGUAUAAAUUUGUGCGGACGUGAGGUUUACUCCUGGCCCCGACAGAUUUUCCCGUUACAUAUCAGCAAGCGAACGCGAAUGCAAAUGUAUACACGUUCGCAACGGGAAAUGUUAGUGCCAGCAAAACACUGUCGGGGUUCAGGAGAGUAUUGGGUCUGAAAGAUCGAGAUUAAAUGCACAACUGCAACGGAGAGGCGAAAGUCGAGUAUAGUAUUUUAUGCGUCUUAUACAAACAUACAUACUUAUUAAUAAAAUUUGUGAUAAAAAGUAUGUAAUAACGUCUAAACCUGCGCAGAAUGGCUGCAAUACUUUGUAAUGCUGGAAUCACGCCAUUUUGUGUAACAAAUGGAGCUGACUGUAAAAAGUGUUUCAAUUAAAAAAGUUUUGUAAUUCAAAAACUUACACAAAAUGCCUUUUAAAAAUAGUAUUUGCUACUUUUUAAUACUUAUACAUUUUCA